CCAUCCCAUUUCGCAGGCGAAAUGCACAUGGAACGAGCAUGAGCUCCCCACGGACGCGGCAAAAGGCGGGACUCGCCUUUCCUGCCCUAGCAACUGGUCGCUAUGACAGGAAUGUACCCCAUGAGUCCAGUCUCCCCCCAGGGCAGGCAGCCCCCGACCGCAGCAGCGUCUGCCGCACCUCUCGCCUUCCUCGGGGCGGCCUUUCUUCCCCCUCCUUUUCUUUGGCGCGCGCGCGUCCCUUCCCCGCCCACCCGGCUGGGGAAAGACCCUGGCGGCUCUCCCUGCGCCUGCUGCAGUAGCCUUUCUGCAAGCCUCAGAGGUUGCCGUUGCCGCUGCCGCCACCGCCCUCUAGCUCUGUCAGGCUGAACUGCGAGACUCUCUCAUUCCUCACGCAUUGGGCGUCUGGCUGAUUUAAAGGCAUCCAAGACAAGGAUUUUUAACACUGGACCACUCCAGGCUUAGCUGGCGCAGCGCAGAGGCGGUGGAUCAAUUGCAUGAGAAAACAAAGACAUUAUGGGCCACGUUUUGUUGUUGCUCCUAUUUUCCACUCCUGCAUUGACUCUCAUUAACGAAGCAGACGUAGAACAAGAUUCCAGCUGGCAGUUAAAAAAAGUACCACGGCUUGUGAAGGAAAAAACUGUCUCUCUCGACAGCCCUAAAUUCCUAGCAAAUGCCAAAUUAGAACUAAGUGGCGUAUGUGGCAUUGAAUGCCAAAGGAGACUGCCCACGCCCCACUUGUCUGACCUGAAGGAGCUGCUCUCCUAUGAGACUGUCUUUGAGAAUGGUACACGGACCCUGACUGAAGUGAAUGUCCUGGGAAUGGAAGUUGACCCCGCUGCAAAUUUCACCACAAAGGUGUUGUCAAGAAGAAAGAGACAGGUCUAUGGCACUGACAGCAGAUUCAGCAUUUCAGACACACGAUUUCUGACCAACUACCCUUUUAACACAGCCGUAAAGAUCUCCACAGGUUGCAGUGGGAUUCUGGUUUCCCCAAAGCACGUGCUCACUGCUGCUCACUGUGUGCAUGAUGGUCAAGAUUACAUCAAAGGCAGCCGGAAGCUGAGAGUAGGGUUGCUGAGGCUGAAAUCCAAAGGCAGUGGCAGGAGACACAGGGGCACCAGGAGGAGUAAGAGGGAGAUAUCGGAAGUCGAGGAUCACCAUGCGGAUGCCAAACAGCUGAAGCAAGGAUCCCGCCGUAGGGCUGGCAGAAAACAAAAGGCAUCUGGGUUAAAUGAGAGGAAAUCUGAGCGUAAACCUUCUUUCCAGUGGACCAGAGUUAAAAGUACUCAAAUCCCCAAAGGCUGGUUGAGAGGUGUAACUGGAGAUGUUGCCAUGGAUUAUGAUUAUGCCAUUCUGGAGCUCAAGCGCCCUCACAAGAAGAAGUACAUGGAACUGGGCAUUAGUCCAACUAGCAAAAUGAUGCCUGGAAGCAUGAUCCACUUCUCUGGGUAUGAUGCUGAUCGAUCUGGCCAACUGGUCUACCGUUUCUGUAGUAUAUCUGAUGAAUCCAGUGAUCUUUUCUACCAGUAUUGUGAUGCGGAGUCUGGCUCUACCGGAUCUGGAAUCUAUCUCCGCCUUAAAGAGCCAAACAAGAAGAAGUGGAAGCGGAAAAUCAUUGCUGUUUAUUCCGGCCAUCAGUGGGUGGAUGUCAAUGGAGAGCAGCAGGAUUACAAUGUAGCAGUUCGAAUUACUCCUCUCAAAUAUGCCCAGAUAUGCCUCUGGAUACAUGGCAACAGUGAGAACUGUACACAAGGAUGAUAGCAGCUAAUACAAGAUCACCUAGGACCUAACAGAGCCACAAAGUGAAGACCUGCAACCAGAACUGUUGAACACACAUAGGCGUGGGUCGGAUAUUAUUUUAAUUUGAAACCAGCAAUUACCUUUCAAUAUAUUGAAGUUCGAGGACAUUUACACAGCAUUUACCAGACAUUUUCAACUCAGUUGUUUAAAUUGACCAUAGGCAUGACGUGCACUUAAAACUCCAAAUUGUAUUUAUUGUUUUUAAAUUGUGGUAAAAUAGAGUCUUUCAUUUGGGGGGGAAUUUAAGCUCCUUCUGUUUCUGCCUGCAUUUUUAAAAAAGAAACAUUUUCUCUUGUAACUGGUACUAUUAAAAUGUGUGAUUUUUUUUUUUGCUUCAAUUUAUUUACUUUUCUCAGGGUUCUGUUCCAAUGAGUGUAUUUCUAUUACACAGGUUGCAUGUUCGUUAUUGUACAAUAUCUGCAGGACAAUCAGAAUCAUGAUACACUGGGAUACAUCAAGAAAUAAAAGGUCUCCCAUCGUAAUUACUGUAGAUAAUACCUCUUUGUUCACACCGAGAUGCUUCAGCCAAGUUAGCUUAGCUUAGGUCACAUGUAAAACCCACAAAUUCCAUUUCCUGGCAUUUUAAAACAGUAAAGUGGCUCUUAAUGAAUGUAGUAUGUCCUCCGUUUGGGGGAAAUGAAGGAACCAUAUGCAUAUGAUUUAACAUCUGUAAAUCUAGUUUGAAAAGAUAUGCAAAAACAGGGCAAUUAAAUGCAUGUUUGACUUAACCAAUGGCUAUUUUGAACAAUCACUGCUUUUAAAAAUUUUUUACAAGUGAUGUAACUUUUAUCAAGAGACCACAGUAGCAACUAUUAACUCAAACUUUUAAAACAAUGCACAACUAAAUUUACCAAUGCUUAAUAGGAUUGUUCUGUAAUCAUAGCCUAUAUGCACUCUUGAAGGUGAGAACUGUCCCCACUUAGUGGAGAAGGGGGCAGCUCUGUUUUCUCAAAACAGAAAUACAUAAAGCUGACCCCUCCUUGGAAGUAGAUGCAGAGGCCUUUACCAUAAGGGGAGCAAAUCACUAGAAAAAAAUGACUAGCUUGUCCUGGGAUUUACAAGACAAUACCUAGCUUGUCCUCCCAUAGAGUUAUGAAAUGGAUGAUUAUGUCAAGAUUCUCCAAUCUUGACAUCAAAUGUUAGAGGGACACCAAAGCAGAUCUUCCUUUGCAAAGUCAUGUUACAAUGUCUACAGAAAAUGUCGGUUAACUCGUGUAAAUAUGUGAGGUGCCUUAUUAUAGAGCAAUAAACCUCUUGGGUUCAUUUCAGUUUUUGAACAACUUUUACUAGAAAAGCAUGCUUUUAAAGUGAGUGUAUUAAAGUUCUACACAUUUCAAUUGCUUUUUUAAAGAUAUCAGCUGACCUUCCUGCUUGAAAUGUAUUCAUGUAAGUAAAAGCGCUUUGUGACAAACAAGAUUGUCAGGAUAAUAUUUAAUAUGUAAUAUUACAUAUUUAUGCAUAUUCCAGGCCAUUAUGUUUGGUUUUAAUAGCCUACGAUACUAAUUCAGUUUUUAACUUGCGUUGAUGAACAUGUCUUUUCUUACCAGUGUGAAAGAAGAUUUUUAAAUAUGUGUAUAUUUACUUAUAUUGCUAGAGCUUUAAAAGCAUCUCUGUUAUGUGUGAAUGAAGUACGCUUUAAAAUUCCAUUUUUGUAUAUGACUGUUUGACAAUAUUAAAUCUGACACUGACUUGCAAAGA